UCAAAAUAGUGCAACCGAACAAUCUCACAGUUUGGAAACAAAAUCUAUUACUCUCUACGCCCGGGAAAUUUCGGCGCAGAUAAAAAGCGAUUUUCCGUCGAAAUGUAAGUAUCUAUUUUAAAGGAGGGGGCGCUUCCCGACCCAAGGCCCAAGCGUUUCGUAAAGCCACUAAACGAGGCAAGCACGUCGCGACCAUCAGUGCUUCGCCGGAUGAUUGUUCGUUACAAUAGUUGUAAAAACCAAUGAUUUGUAUAUAGGAAUCAUCCAGGCUAUAAUGGAUUACUUCGCGACGCCGAAGAGUCAGAAGACCGACGAUCUAGAGGUCACUGGAAUUUCACGAAGUGGCAGAGUACGCAAGAAAUCCUCAAAGCUGGUUGAUUUUGAAUCUCCAGAUGAUUUCACAGAACACAAAUUAAAGAGGCAAAAGGCACUUCAACAGGCUCAUGCUCAACAGCUCCUGGAGAAGUAUGAACAGCAGCUUCAGCAGAAGUCACAAAAUGCCAAUUCCGUGCAGCAGAGGAAUUCUUCACCGCAGACAAACUCAGUGCAUCAUACCAAUUCCAUUCAUCAAACGAAUUCAGUACAUCAGACAAAUGCCUUUCAACAGAGAAAAAAGCCUGUGCAACCUGUGGUUCAUUUCAAACAAGAGAUUAAAGAAGAGUCACAUGAGUCAGAAAGUGAAGAGGACUCGUCCGAUUCAGAUUCUGGGAGUGCUAAUGGAAUUGGCAACGAUGAUAAUUCCAGUUCAGAAUCAUCCAGUGAAGAUGAAGUUGACCCUCUGAUGUUGGAUGGAACUGAGAAAGAAAUUGAAACUACUGGGUUCACAAAAUUGGAGCCACCUGAGCAAACAGAUAUGCCAUCUCAAGCAGCCAAAAGCAGCUUAUAUAUGCUAGAAAAGUAUAAAAAGAAGUUGGUGAUAAAAGAUGGCAAAGUCAUUAAUAAAACUACAAAGACUCAACGAAAAGACAAAGGGAAAACUAGAUUUACAGCUUACAUGUUAUGGGCCAAAGAAGCAAGACAACAAGUAGUAGAUCAUCAUCCAAAUUUGGAUUUUGCACAAAUAUCAAAACGUUUAGGAGAAAUGUGGGCUUUAGUACCAAAUCAGGAAAAAUAUAAUUGGAGAAAACGUGCGAAGCGUCUCGCAUUGAAUCCUUCAAUAUCGUCAAAAGAUAAUAAAAUGCCACCACCUUCACGGAAAUUUAUUAACAAAAUCGGCAGUAGAGAUAGUACGUCACCUCAAAAAACUAUACAACUUGGAACUCCGACUGUAGGAAAUAAAGUACCUGUAUCACCUCCUUCGAACAAGGUAGGAAAAGAUUUGUACAAUGACUCCUUCACUGGAACGGGAAUGUAUAAAGUUACCGGAACACAGCCAAUCGACGUUGCGGCUCAUUUAACACUACUUGGCGAGAGUCUAACUAUCAUAGGAAAAAGACUUAAGGAACAUGAAGGCCAGAUAACAGUUUCGGGUAGUCUACCCCUACUCUUAGAUUCUUUGCUUUGUGCUCUUGGCCCAUUACUCUGUCUCACACAACAAAUACCUGAAAUGAAUGGAGCCAAUCCAGAGAACCUAACUUCCAUUCUCGAGAAUGUAGCAUACAUUAUGCCAGGUCUGUAAAUUACAGAAGUAGUAUAGACGUAUAUAAUCAUAAAUAAGAGUAAGAUUUUUAUUUUGUAUUCCUUUAUUUAAUGAACUUUUUAUAAAAACAACUCUGAGGAUGAACUUUUGUUUUUUACUGAAGAUGAGUUGAUGAAUCAAUUGAUUAUAUUGUAAGAUAAAUUGAGAACAAUAAAAAAAUUCCUAUUCUAAGUACAAUCCUUAGGAAUAAUAUGUACAAACUUUGCUCAAAUCGUGAUUUUUCCUUUCUUAAUACGUUUUAGAUGUGGCAAUGUAAAGCGCAGCUAGAACUUAUCAAUAAAUUACUAUGUACAUUUAAUUAAAAUUUACUGCUGUUGAGGUAAAAUCGGUGGACAGGUACAGAAGAGGUUUUUGUCGCCGUAGAUGUCGUCUAUUCUGCCGACGGUCGGCCACAUCUUCGAGCUUCCCUUUACGAAAGGCUAAAAUAAUGUCUAUUAAAUGCUUGGUUCUCUUAAAUAAUUCAAUUUAAAUGUGAAAAAAAUGCUUACCGCUGGGAAAGCAGCAACUUCUCUGGAAUAAGGCCUGUCCCACUUGUCGCUAAUGACUUGUUCCUGCGUGUGCGGUGCCAUUUUCAGGGGAUUAAUACUGGCAUCUGACCUUCCUUCUUCGAUGUCCCUGAUUUCCUGCCUUAUAG